AUGACGGCCAUCGAAAAGGCCGUCAGAGAGGCUUUUGACAGCGAUACCCUGGCGGAUGUCAAAAUUUACCUGGGCGACGUCGAGCUUCCCGCGCACAGCCUCGUGUUAACAGCCCAAAGCAGCUACUUUAAACGUGCUCUGCUAGGCGAGAUGCAAGAGGGCAAGACCAGAAAGUUUGAGUAUAGCGAAGGUAGCAUGCAUGCGUACUGGCGGGUCUUUGAAUACAUGUACAAGGGAACGUACUCUGAAGAGCCUUGUAUGAAGCUCACCGAGCUAGAUGACGACGAGCUCUCCAAGGAAGUUCGAGUGUAUCAGCUGGCCGAUUACUUUGAAGUGGAUGGCCUUCAACGCGAAGCUCUGCGGAGGUUCACGACGAAAACCAUUGCGCUAUGGGCUACCGAGGCGUUUGUUGAUUGUAUAAGAGAUGUUUACCAAUCUACAAGCAAUAAAAAGUGUAAAAUGAGGGAGGCUGUGGUUGAUAUUGUAAACCAACAUGUGCCUAAGUUAUGGGAAGAGCCGCCUUUUAGGGAUCUUGUCCGUGAGGGGGGUGACUUUCCGGUGGACUUGAUGAGUAGAUUGGUUUGGGCAUAUGACAAGAGCAUAAGGCUUGGAGCAGUGUGA